AUGCCGGGGGAGACGGAAGAGCCGAGACCCCCGGAGCAGCAGGACCAGGAAGGGGGAGAGGCGGCGGCGGCCAAGGCGGCUCCGGAGGAGCCCCAACAACAGCCCUCUGAAGCGGCGGCGGCGGCCCCUGGGGGGACCACUAGCAGCCGCGUGCUGAGGGGAGGUCGGGACCGGGGCCGGGCCGCUGCGGCCGCCGCCGCCGCUGUGUCCCGCCGGAGGAAGGCCGAGUAUCCCCGCCGGCGGAGGAGCAGCCCCAGCGCCAGGCCUCCCGACGCCCCAGGGCAGCAGUCCCAGGCCGCGAAGCCCCCGUCUCCAGCUCAGGGCAAGAAGAGUCCGCGACUCCUAUGCACAGAAAAAGUAUCAUCUGACAAAGAUCCCAAGGAAGAGAAAGAGGAAGAAGGUUCUACCGUCCCUCAGGAAGUUUCCGUUGCUGCAGCUAAGCCUAGCCGGGGCUGGCGUAGCAGUAGCAGGACAUCUGCCUCUCGGCAUCGUGACACAGAGAACACCCGAAGCUCUAGGUCCAAGACUGGUUCAUUGCAACUCAUCUGCAAGUCAGAACCAAAUACAGAUCAGCUUGAUUAUGAUGUUGCAGAAGAGCAUCAGUCUCCAGGUGGCAUUAGCAGUGAUGAGGAGGAAGAGGAGGAAGACGAGAUGUUGAUCAGUGAAGAAGAAAUACCGUUCAAAGAUGAUCCAAGGGAUGAGACCUACAAACCCCACUUAGAAAGGGAAACCCCAAAGCCACGGAGAAAAUCAGGGAAGGUGAAAGAAGAGAAAGAGAAGAAAGAAAUAAAAGUGGAAGUAGAGGUAGAGGUGAAAGAAGAAGAGAAUGAAAUUAGAGAAGAUGAGGAGCCUCCUAGGAAGAGAGGAAGAAGGCGAAAAGAUGACAAAAGUCCACGAUUACCCAAAAGGAGAAAAAAGCCUCCAAUCCAGUAUGUCCGUUGUGAGAUGGAAGGAUGUGGAACUGUUCUUGCUCACCCUCGCUAUUUGCAGCACCACAUUAAAUAUCAGCAUUUGCUGAAGAAGAAAUACGUAUGUCCCCAUCCCUCCUGUGGACGACUCUUCAGGCUCCAGAAGCAACUUCUACGACAUGCCAAACAUCAUACAGAUCAACGAGAUUAUAUCUGUGAAUACUGUGCUCGAGCCUUCAAGAGUUCCCACAAUCUGGCAGUGCACCGGAUGAUUCACACUGGCGAGAAGCCAUUACAGUGCGAGAUCUGUGGAUUCACUUGUCGGCAAAAGGCAUCCCUUAAUUGGCACAUGAAGAAGCACGAUGCAGACUCCUUCUACCAGUUUUCUUGCAAUAUCUGUGGCAAAAAAUUUGAGAAGAAGGACAGCGUAGUGGCUCACAAAGCAAAAAGCCACCCUGAGGUGCUGAUUGCCGAAGCUCUGGCUGCCAAUGCCGGCGCCCUCAUCACCAGCACAGAUAUCUUGGGCACUAAUGCAGAGUCCCUGACACAACCUGCAGACGGUCAGGGUCUUCCUCUUCUUCCUGAGCCCUUGGGAAACUCCACCUCUGGAGAGUGCCUUCUGCUAGAGGCUGAAGGGAUGUCAAAGUCAUAUUGUAGUGGGACAGAACGGGUGAGCCUGAUGGCUGAUGGGAAGAUCUUUGUGGGAAGUGGCAGCAGUGGGGGCACUGAAGGGCUGGUCAUGAACUCGGAUAUACUCGGUGCUACCACAGAGGUUCUGAUUGAAGAUUCAGACUCUACUGGACCUUAGAGGAAGGGAAGACUUUGGGCACUGGGACAGCUAAGACUUUGUAUUUAAAAGACAAAAAGGACAAAAAAAAAAAAUUUAAAGCAUUUAAAAUCUAGUAAAAUAACUGAAGGGCCUGCUCUUUCCAUUGUGGAUCACAGCACACACGCGCACACACGCGCGCACACACACAUCCCCUCUUCUCCCUCUGUUGUCCCCUUUAAAAAAUUGAUGUUGCCUUUACCAGAAAGCUAGACAAAGAAAAAGCAGCAGUAGCUCUUAAAGUAACGGUUAUUCUUAUACUCAGUUCCAGCCAGGCAGACUUCCUGCUCAUCAGCAGAUCCCCCUUUUCAGCC